AACAAAGUCUUAAUGAUAUUGUGGAUACUACCUCUACUUAUCCUUAUUAUUAUUAUGCCGUUCAUUGCGACUAUUUAUUGCUGUUUCUGCUGUUGGCGUUGUAACAAAAGCUGUGCACCGUGUAAUAAGCCAUCCCAUACAAAACGUUUAAUAUACAGUCUCCUGCUAUUUUUCUUAAUCCCUGGACUACUAUUGGGGUUCACUAUAGCGAUGCUAAGUCAUAAACAGAUGAGUCGAAAUGUUGGAUAUACCAUCGAAAGAAUGCAGAGAGGUUCUAAGGAUACUUGCGCCUUCUUAAAGGACGUUUCUCUUCAUCUUCAUCAUUUGCUUAUCAAAAACAUGCGCAUAAUCAUAUUUUAUUGGAUCUUGCCGAUACUUCUGAUGGAAAUGCAAUCACAGAAUUGGAGAAAAUAUUGGGGAAUAUGCCCGAGGCGAUAGUGACAUUAAAGGACAUUGAUAGAGCGGAG